GUUGGAGAGAGAGAGAGAGAGACAGAGAGAGAGAGAGAGAGAGAGAGAGACGCGUGCGUGUUUUAAGUGAACGUGAAUUUGUUUUGAGGCGUCGGGGAGGAAGAAAAAAACCCACGCCAUUAUAAAUAGCCUAGCGGCGCGUGAGGAGAGGAUGUGAGAUUCGGUGUGCUUUUCGGUGAGCUGGAUAUCUAACGAGAGAGCAUGGAAUUGAAAGACGAGCGCGCGGAAGGUCUCGAGCUGCGCGAGGCGUACACGAUGCUCAUGGAGACGGACGCGAUCGUGCGCAACCACCGGACCCUCCGGCGCGAGUUAUGCAUCAGCCGCAUGGUCAUUUUCAUCCUGCUGAUCGCCUGCACGGUUUUCUGCGCCAUCCUCUACCUUCAACAGGUUCCUAAUGGCAAGAAUAAUGACAUGAGCAAGGACAAGGCAAACGAAACAUUUGCAGGAUACAAAGCCAUCAGCCAAGAAGCUACCAAAAGAGAUGUUCAGACAAAUCUCGUGGCUUUCCUGAGAAUCAAAACCCCGGAGUCAAACAAAUCAAUCCUGGAAUGGGAGGCGUAUCCUCCGGACGAACGCUUCAGCAACUUCACCCUGCUGGACAACGGUGAGUCUCUGGUCAUCCCACGUGGGGGCUGGUACAGACUCGGCCUGCAGAUAACCUACAUGGAGGAAUCCACCACACCCAAGGAGGGGCAGAUCCAUCUGGCUCACAACAUCACCAGGUACUCGGACUCGUACCCUGUCUUGAUCCCGGUUCUGUCUGUCUAUGACACGGUUUACCAGAAGAAACCCUGGUUUAAAUCCAUCUUCUCCGAGGUGGUCCAUGUUUUCAUUAAAGGUGACAGAGUCAAAGUGGAGAGCCAGAACUGGCAGCUCAUCAAAAGUGGAGGAGACAUGUUGAGCAAAACCUUCCUCACCGUCCAGUUUGUUUCUGAAAUCGAGGACCUGUGAGCUGUUCCACAGAAGAUGAUCACCAUCUAACACCAUCUAACACCAUCACCUAUACGCUAAACUAAUCAAAGCUCGACUAACAGCCUUGCCAGCAUCGCAGAGUGUGAUCGGAACGGGUCUGACUCAAUUGUACUGUGUUCUCCUUUGACUUUUCUCUGUUCUCAGCUAAUAUUAGGUGCUGUUCUUGUUACAGCAAUCGCCUGACAUGCCCCAUUUAGUGUCUUUAUGGUCGGCGUGGUGCUCCAGAAAGAUACAUUGACGGUACACUGUCACUACUAUUAACAUGCCCUAAGAUAUUAAACCCUGGUGCCACGCUAGCGUGAACUGAGCAAGAUCGUAGCGUGAGUGAUUGUAACAAAAACAACAACAACAAAAAAGCUGUUAAAGUAUCAAGUGCAAAACAAACUUCUAGCAUUAUAUUAUACAUUGCUCGAUAAUUUGCUGCGACUACAAGCAACACUAACAGGAUAAAAACUAAAUGCUAAACUAAAUUUUAGAUCCAGGUUUUAAAGGAACGUUGGGAAUCUUGUAACAAAGCUACGUAACAAAGCUACAUAUGUGUGUAUAUGUAUAUAUAUAUAGAUCAUCUCGUGACAAAGAAAGCGCUAACACGGGAAGCGCAGCCUGUUGCACUAGCUGAACGCCAAGCUCAGGGUGUGUGUGUGUUUGUGUAAAAAUCAGUAAGUUGUGUAAAGUGGUCACAGGAUUUACAUCAAAAUGGAUUAGGCUAGGAAGCUAGAUAGCUGGACUGUUAGAUGCUAGCUUAGUUGCUAGCUGCAGAAUUCCAAUGUUCAUGUUUAGGGAACUUUGUUUUGGGAAUAUAGGAACAGGAAUACUGUCAGAGAGAACGUUUUUUAACUCAAACAAUGUCACAGCGAUGGGCA